GGGUGGGUGAGGAAUAUUUCCUGAAUGACCACAUUCCUGCUCUGUGAUUGGCUAGGUGUUGAACAGGUGUCUGUGAGUCUCAGACAUUGUAUACGCAGUCAGAGGUUCUGGUAGUCACACAACAUUGCCACCAUGCAGCUUUUUGGAAUUGUGAGCACGCUGUUUUUCAUCUUCACAUUUGUGGGUAAGCCUGGGGAAAGAAUUUGGGAUCCUUUUCUUCCUGUUACUCUUUUCAAUCCUGCACGUUCUGAAAACCUUUAAAAAAUAAUUAGGUAUACUAAAGAGUGAGACUUUAAAUCACGCAACACUGUGUUAAUGAUGUUUUAAUUUAUCCAGAGGGGUCAGUCUAGCUGAGUUAUAGUACAUACCUUGCACAUUUGUAUUUUUACCUUGAAAUUCAAGAUGGCAGCUUUGAUUUGGGACCCCUUUCCCAAUAAGAAUUACCCCUACGCUUGUUUUCUAGGUUUUAAAUGAGGUAUUUAAACCCUAUGUAUUUGCAUGACAAAUCUGCAUGUGCUGUGAGACUUUACAGAGUAUAUUCGAGAGCUUGAAAUAGAGAACAUGAUUAUUGUGCAAAAUUCCAGUUAUUGUCACGUUGGCUUUUCUCCAGCACUCCGCAGCCUUAACUCAUAGUAAACUAAAUGGGUCCCUCUCUAGCAGCCAUCCAAUGGUGCAUUCAUAAACUUGCGGGUGUCUCACUGACAAUUUAAGUGCGUUCUCAGACAAAUCAAUUUACCUCCGCAAUGUGCUUACAUACCAGAUGUGGAUUAUGUCGCUACUUGUGCUCAGUAUAUAAGUAGACCUUUAAGAAUAAUGAUUUAAAUGUUUGUUCACUGAAAAUCUCAGGAAUUUAAAUGUCAAAUUUAGGCCAAACGACAGAGAUUUUUACAAUUAAACUAUUUUGGUUUAAAAUUGGGUGAAAAUUUUCGCAUUAUCCAUUUAUUCACACUUCAGUAAACAAGCCUGCUAGAAAUAUCUUAUUGUUCUAGGAUUCUAACUGUGACAAUAUCUCUUAAUAGCAGUUUAUUCACUUAUUAUAGUUUGCUGAAGUUGGCAUAACUUUAAAAAUUGCAUACUUGUUGCAGCAUUUAGGUUGCUGUUGUCUGAGACGCAUGAAGCAAUAAAUUAGCUGUCCCUGCUAUACCUGUGAGACGUUCUACAUGAAAAGAAAAACAAAAUAUAAAGACGAAAUGCAUGUUGGUUGUACAUUGAAUAAAUGUUUAUUGGGGUAGCCUUUUAUAACGAAAGUUCUGAGAAUACAUGUUGACAGAAAGAUUUGAAUUUGCAUUAAUUUGUUUGCUGUACUAGUAAGACUAUUCAUUUUUCUAGCACAUACUAAAUUAUAAUAAAUUAUAGACUGUUUAUAACUUUUUGAUAUGAAUUCCCAUUUUGGGCUUAAGCUCGCGAGGAAGGUAUUUUGGAAGUGAAAAUGGCUCUGGCCAUACUUUAAUAAAUGUGAUUUCCCAAUUAAAUUGAAAUGUAGAGAUUUGACCAGGGAAUUGCAAAUUUUAGGCCACAAUUGCUAAACUAUCUCCAUUGGAAUAAAACAGGAAAAAUACAUAAAUCCUGGACUGUUGGUGGGCCAUGAGGACUGGUUUGAGAAUCACUGAUUUAGAGGUUUAAAUUCUGUGGUUUUUAAAUGAAAAUAAAUCAAAACACUAAAAAUCUUUCUAAAUAAUUAAGACAACUGAAAUAAUUAAGACAACCAUAAGCACAGAGUUCAUUGUAACGGUUAUGGUGCCAGUAGUGACCUGGAGCUGUGGCAGCUCUAGACUUUGUGAGGCCUUAGGCGAAACACAAACAUCUCUACAGCCCCCGUACCCACUUCACUUUUAAUUCACUUUGAAUUCUCAUGUUAGUGAAUAAGCAUGUAUGACUGUAAUGGAGGGAGCAAUGACUAAUUUGGCAAAAACUUGGGCUCUCACAGAACACAACAUUGGCAGGUCUGAUGUGUGUGGGUGAUGUAUUCCAGUUGGUGGGCAUGCCCAUGACACAAUCAAAAUCAUGGACAGUAUUCUCUUCCACAAUGGGGCAACAUCAUCCCGAUGUGCAUGAACGUCAGGAUCACAGGCUGCCUAUAUACCAAGUGCUGCUCUAGCACUCAUGUAUGGUCUUACAAUGCCCUGAAUUUAUAUAGUUAAACAAGCUUUCACUUUCCGUCAGUCUUCCUGACACUGAGUGACAAAGUCGGACUGUCUAAGGACCAAGAAAAAAAUUGGGCGUGCGUGUAACUUGUCUGGUCUGCUCUCAGUAGAUUCCUGGAGCAAGCACAGUUUCAUAUACCUUCCGGUAACAGAACUGCCAGACCUCCAGGCUAUCUGUAGUAUGUAUUUGCUACUAAUGCUACAAAAUAAACCUGCAUUAUUAAUCAAACUUUUCAUCUUUCUCUUGCAGAGGCUCAAAACACAACUCUGUCAUCUGAUGUCCUUGCUAAUGUAUAUGCAAGAUCUGCAAUCAUUGCUUUGCCAGGAUGCACAUAUUCCGGGAAAUCAGCAAAUCUGAAAGUAAUCACCACCAGCAACAACACCGUUUUAACCAGUAUGGCAACACUUUAUAUGCAUUGCAUAGAUACUGACACAGUGCCAAUCAGAGUUAGAUAUUCCUAAACAACAAGCUCUGUUCUUCUCAUAAAAAGGACAAUGGAACUGCAGCCCUGCAGCCCCAGUAGCCUGUUGUUACAUAAUGUUUUGACAUUCUACAAAAUUGAUUUUCCUUUAAUGUGCCUUUGAUCUAAUAAGCUCUAACCAACCUCUUGGUUUAAAGGAUCACUAUACGGUCAGGAACACAAACAUAUAUUCCUGACCCUAUAGUGUUAAAACCACCAUCUAGCCCCCCUGGACCCCUCAUGCCUCCAUAAAUAUAGUAAAAAUCUUACUGUAUUCAAGCCAGAAGCUGUAACUCUAUAUGCUGUUAGACUCAGAAAAACAAGCAGUCUGCUGACAUCAUCAGAAGUGGUAGCAUGAUCCAAUCACAAUGCUUUCCCAUAGGACUGGCUGAGACUGACAAAGAGGCAGAUCAGGGGCAGAGCCAGCAUGAUUCAACACAGCCCUGGCCAAUCAGUAUCUCCUCAUUUGAGAUGAAUUGAAUCAAUGAAUCUCUAUGAGGAAAGUUCAGUGUCUGCAUGCAGAGGGAGGAGACACUGAAUGUUUGGAUGAAUUUUAGGCAGCCAUGACCUAGGAAGGAUCUCUAACAGCCAUCUGAGGAGUGGCCAGUGAAGUUAUCACUAGGCUGUAAUGUAAACACUGCAUUUUCCCUGAAAAGACAGUGUUUAUAGCAAAAAGCUUGAAGGUAAUGAUUCUACUCACCAGAACAAAUUCAAUAAGCUGUAGUUGUUCUGGUGACUAUAUUGUCCCUUUAACAUUAAUUCAAAAAACAACUUACAUAAACUGCACAUCUCUUGUUUGAAACCUUUGCAAGCCAUGCUCUUCUAACCCAGCCCAGCCUUUCUGCCUUUUGACUUUAGCUCCACUGAGCUAAAAAACAAAAACAGGACCGGUUGCCUGACUGAAAGCCUGGGGAUGCAACAACGUUAAUUUAUGCAGUGACAAUUUCUAUUGAAAUCUGCACUCUUUGUAAAAUAACGAAAAAGAGGACACACUCUUCACACACACUGAAGUGCUUUAGGAGUCUGGGGUGUUUAAGGAUAAUUUAAUGACGACUGAUGUUUUAGUAUAACAAUAAUUGAAGACCACAAAUGCUUAAAGGAACACUAUAGCGUCAGGAACGCAAACAUGUAUUCAUGACCCGAUAGCGUUAAAAACACAGUCUAGCGUCAGUGCAUCAGUGAAAUCCCCAUAAGAAAGCAUUAUACUAAAUACUUUAAUACUUUCCUAUGGGAAGGGCCCAAAGUGCUUCGGUGCUUUCUGCGCAUGUGCAUUAGGUCCCCCUGUCGGAUGAAGUUAGAGGAGAAGGAGGAGUGCAGACCCAUUGUGCCAAUUCACAGCCAAUCUGCAGAGACCCAGAGGAGCAUAUUUGAGCUCUGGCAGAGGAAUUCAUAUCACUGAAGCAUAAAACAUGGUUCACAAACAAAGAGGAAGGUCCAUGAGACAUUUUUCUUCAUUAUUGUUUUGUAAUGUGAAGCAAAUGUUAACCCAGAUAUGCACUUGUGUACCCAAUCAUUCAAUUUUACUUUCACUUUUUUUUAGAAAAACUAAUUUUAUCAGCUAUACCUCACCACAUUAUCGUUCUCUAUUUACAGAUAUCAAUUUCACAGUGCCACAGUGCCGUCUGAAACGUGAUCUUGUUGUGAUAAAUAGCGCUGCGUCCGGUAACGUACAGACAGUUAAUGUGGGUUACCAGGUUAAAAGUCUGCUUCCAAGUACCAACUAUGUGUAGGUAGCGCUCUCUUCCUUAAGACAUGACUGUAUGUGCUCUAGUCUAGUCUAUAUAUUUUUAAUGUAUCAUCACCUCUGUCACGUAAAAAUGGAUAAUAAUAAUGAUAAUAAAAAAUAAAAAUGUUAUACAAAUACUCAAAAAAAAAACACACCACACCUUAGUAAAAUACAUAUAUAUAUGGGCUGAAAAACACACUGUGGCUAUGUCUUCUUUGUACCGCUUACUGAUUUAAAUUCAUCAACAUUAAAGGAACAGUAUAGCCAGUGGUGUAUCCUGGUUUUGUGCUGCCCUAGUGGUUGCCGGCUGGGCUGGGCAGGCGGCUGGCGAGGGAGCUCUUCCCCUGAGCGGUCUGCUCAGCUCCCUCGCGUGCCGCAAAGUGAGGCUGGGAGCCGGAAGAUGACGUCAUCUUCCGGCUCCCAGCCUCACUCUGCGGCGUGCGUGGGAGCUGAGCAGACCGCUCAGGGGAAGAGCUCCCUCGCCAGCCGCCUGCCCAGCCCAGCCGGCAACCACUGGACCACCAGGGAGGUAAUGAACCCCCUUCCCCCCCAGCACUCCCAAAGGUAAGGAGGUGGGGGGGGGGGUAAAUAAAAUUAAAAAAAAAUGUUAAUGUGUGUGUGUGUCUGACUGUGUCUGUUAGUGUGUGUCUGUUAGUGUGUCUGACUGUGUUUGUUAGUGUGUGUCUGUUAGUGUGUCUGACUGUGUCUGUUAGUGUGUAUGUGUGUGUCUAACUGUGUGUCAGUGAGUGUUUGCCUGUGAGUGUGUGUGUCUGUUAGUGUGUAUGUGUGUGUCUGACUGUCAGUGAGUGUUUGCCUGUGAGUGUGUGUGUCUGUUAGUGUGUAUGUGUGUGUCUGACUGUCAGUGAGUGUGUGUGUCUGUUAGUGUGUGUGUGUGUGUAUUUGCCUGUGAGUGUGUGUGUCAGUGAGUGUGUGUCUGUUAAUGUGUGUGUGUUUGUUAGUGUGUGUCUGCUAGUGAGUGUGUGUCUGACUGUGUUUGUCUGUUAGUGUGUAUGUGUGUGUCUGACUGUGUGUCAGUGAGUGUGUGUGUGUCUGACUGUGUGAGUGUGUUUGCCUGUGAGUGUGUGUCUGUUAGUGUGUGUGUGUUUCUGUUAGCGAGUGUAUGCGUAUCUGUCAGUGAAUGUAUGUGUGUGUGUAUUUAGAAGGCGGUUGAGGGGGUUGGCUGGGAUGCUUGAGUUUUGUCCUGCCUAGGGCAGCACAAAACCAGGAUACACCACUGGUCCUUGUCCCUAACUUAUUAGGUGCCCCACACCAUCUGACAAGUAAAGGGUUAAAUAACCUUUUUUAGUUACCUUAAUUCCAGCACCGAAUCUAUCUAAGUGCUGGCUAGUUCUGUUUCUCCUGUGGCAUGACUGCGAUGGCGGGACCUAAUGCGCGGAGUUCGCCGCACAUUAAAGCAUUGAAUCAGUACUGAAUUCUCAGAAAACUUCUCAUACAGAUUCACCGCACAUAGACCACUUCAGUUAGAUGAAGUAGUCUGUGUGCAGUGAACCUGAUCAGAUGAAGUGGUCUGGGUGCUAUAGUGACCAUUUAAAGAAAAACUGUAAUCAUUGCAACAAUGUAAUUUAAUUGUAAUAAGCACACAUACAGUACAAACAUAUUUAUCAAACAAACUGAAGCAAUUCUGCAGUAAAGUGCUGAAUAUAAAACAGUGUGUGCAUUCUCUCAUAUGUAGCUAUAGUCACAGUGCUACCCUAGUUUUUCCUUGCCUCAAAUGCCUACAUAUAUAAAGCUGUUUUGUUUACCAGAGUGUCAUAUGAUUCAUUUCAAUCUCUUUUUUUAGGGCCUUCUAUAUUGUUGAAAAUACAUUAUUCACAAAUAUAUCCUUCACAACGAAUUCUGGUAAGCACUGUUUGUUUAAAGUGACUCUGUCACCUUAAACUUGUCUUUCUUCUAUUUUUUUUUUAAUGUUUUCCUCUUUCAAAAUCUAUUAUUUUCUUCAUUUCUGAUCUAUUUCUCUUUAAAACAUAUCACAAACUAGGUACUACUUUGUCUUACGUAUUUUUCAUAUGCUUGACAAUCUUGAUAAAGGGUGGAGCUUAAGACAAGCUCCACUAUCUUGACAAUGGGAGUGGAGCUUACCUUAUGCCUUAAAGGGAUUCUAUAAAAUAAAACCAUUUUCCUGGCACUAGAGAAUCCUAAAAAAAAAACCUUCAGUCACUUACCUGAAUCCAGCACCGCUGUCCCUGGGUUAGGCUCUGACCACGCUCCUUCCCUGUCGACGUCACCAGGCGAGGGAGACCUAAUGCACAUGCGUGGCAAUGGCCGCGCUCACAUUAGGAUUUCCCCAUAGGAAAGCAUUAUUCAGUGAUUUUGUUAUGGGGAAUAAUCUGACACUGGAGGUCCUCAAUAAGAGGUGUACCACCUGUUAUGAUGUAGAGUUCUCACCUUGUCACAUAAUGAUUUUAUAAAUAAAUCCUGACUGCCACGUCCCAAACCAAUAAUCUUAUAUAGUACAAAUAUGGAAACUAACACCUCACAUUCAUUUAAUUCUUUUGCUCUAUUCACAGACAGUGCUUCGCCCAGUGUUACCUUUGCUCGAAGUGGUGGAAUGGUGGUGAUCACGGUCCUAUUAUCCAUUGCAAUGGUCCUGCUAGUUGUUCUCCUUAUUGUUGCUCUUGUGAUGAAAGGGGGCUUAAAGAAAUAAACACAUGAAAGGACUUGGUUGUGUUAUCAAUAUAUCAUAUGGAUCUAUUACCACAUUUACUCUCUAGAACACAGUUUACCCAGAGGGUGAUUAAUUGGGUAUUCACGAGCACGGCAUAAUCAAUUGUGUCAAUGCAUGGGUUUUUUCAACAGUAGAUUACCCAGUCCCAUGUUCAACUAUUUGUUUUGUGCUUUACUGUUGAUUUAAAUAUUUUGUUACAUUUUUGUAUUGUGUUUUUUUUUUAUAUACAAUCAAUGGAUUUGUGUUAGAUUUUGCCACUGACUCAUGUUACUGUGUGUUAUUACUGAAAUUAGACAUCCAAGGACUAGCAGUGACAUAAUGUAUAAAUAUGUCAAUAUAUGAUAUCUCCAGUUAGUUGGUCUAGACUAGAGUGCACAAUUUGAGACUUUUCUGCUCUUGCUCUGCCUUUCAGUAAAGCCAGACUCAUUUAACUAAUAUUCUGUCUUCACAAUGUAUUUUUAAAUAAAGUAAAAAUACGACCCAUUUAAUUUAAAGGUACUCAUUUUUGUGUGAGUG